CACGCCGAGGGCAAGAAGCAAGCAAGAAGUGGCCCAAGAAGUGAACCAAGGCUACUUAUAAAACCCAAUAAAUAUAACCACAAGAUAAAACCGAUAGAACUUGGCAAGAACCACGCUUAUUAGAGGAGAUUUGUUGGGAAAGGCGAGCACGUUGAUUAUUGGGUUUCUUUGUGAUAAGCUUAUAUGGAGACAGCACUUCAUUGACUGGUGUUGCUGUCACUGAGCUGCUGAACUGUGGUCGGACUGGCCCGAGUCUCGGCACCCAGCGGCUGCUGGCCGGAGGAGCUGUGAUGGCUGACGAGAGCCAGCGUCCGGCGGCGGCGCGGCCGGCGCCCGGCUCCCAGCAGGAGCUGCCGCCGCCGCCACGGCUGGUCCGAUACGGCGUGCCGCCCGGCCGGCGACCACCCAGCCGGGAGUCGGCCGGCGGCGGCGGUGUGUCUGCGCUGCUGGCAGUCUCCAGUCGGAUGCCCCGCGAGGACAUCCGACUGGAGACGGAGCGGCGACAGCAGCUGGCACACUCCAUCCAGCUGCUGCAGCAGAAGGCGGCCCGUCAGCAGCGCGAGGCUCGGCAGGGGAUGGCGCUACCGACCGGUCGGCCGCCGCCAUCGGCUCGGACUCUGCCCGUCAGCCGUCAGCCGCCGGCCGCGCCAGGUUCAGUGCCGCCCGGCACGGGUCCUCCCUCGGCUGUUGGGAAGGCCCCCAGGGCGAGGCCGGGCCCUCCGAGUCUCCGCGGCCCGCCGGCGGCGGCAAACUCGGUCCGGGCGCCGGCGGCGGAGCUCGGUCCGCUGGACAGUGGCGCCGCUCCUCGCCAGAGCGGCCCUGUCGACCAGGCGGCCACUAAGCGACCCGCCGACCAGCCGACCGACCGACCGGCGGCCAAGCGCGCCUGUGUGCGGACCGGUCCGGGGAGCACAGUGCCGGUGAGCCCCACCGGCCCCGCGCCGGCCCCUUCAGUCUCCGGCCCCGCACUCGCCGACCCAGCCGCCGCGGGGCGCAGUGCCGCGCCCUCUGCCGUACACGUGCCGCCCGUAGCCGCCGACCCGGUGAACGGUGACAGCGCUGCCCGUUACUCUCCCGCGUCAGCCGUCAGUGGCUGCCGCACAACUGCCCCCUCGGCCGCAUUCAACCCCACCCGCUCAGCUGCGCCCACGGCUGCUACCUUCUCCACCCCCAGCCCCGCACCUGUCCCUGGCCCUACGGCAUCGUCCGACGCCAUCCCCACAGCUGCCGACCCCGUCCCCACAGCCGCGACAGACACCGUCCCUGCAGCCCCUCCCGACGCCAUCCCCACAGCUGCCGACCCCAUCCCCACAGCCGCGACAGACACCGUCCCUGCAGCUGCUCCCGACGCCAUCCCUGCAGCUGCCGACCCCGUCCCCACAGCCGCGACAGACGCCAUCCCUGCAGCUGCUCCCGACGCCUAUCCUGCAGCUGCCGAGCCCGUCCCCACAGCCGCGACAGACACCGUCCCUGCAGCCCCUCCCGACGCCAUCCCCACAGCCGCGACAGACACCGUCCCUGCAGCCGCGACAGACACCGUCCCUGCAGCCCCUCCCGACGCCAUCCCUGCAGCUGCCUACCCCAUCCCCACAGCCGCGACCGACCCCGUCCCUGCAGCCGCGACAGACACUAUUCCUGUAACUGCUCCCAACCCCGUCCCCACAGCUGCCGACCCCAUCCAUACAGCUGCAGCCGACGCCAUCCCUCUAGCUGCUGAACCCGUCCCAACAGCUGUAGCCGAACCUAUCCCUGCAGCUGCCGACCCUAUCUUUACAACUGCCCUCGAUCCCGCUCCUGCAAGUGUUACCAAUCCCAUCCCUACAGCUGUCUCCCAGUCCAUCCCUAUAGCUGCCGACCCCAUACCUACAGCCGCCAAAGACCCCAUCCCUACAGCCGCCAAAGAGCCCGUCCCUACAGCUGCGGCCAACGCGAUCCUUGGAGCUCCCGACCCAGUCCCCACAGGUGUGGCCGAACCCAUCCCUGCGGCUGCCGACACCAUCUUUACAACUGCUCCCAACCGCAUCCCUGCAGCUGCCCUCGACCUUGACCGUACAGCUGUCGACCCCAUCCCUACUGCUGCCGACCACAUCCCUGCAGCUGCUGACCGCAUCCCCACUGAUGGCGCCCCCAUCCCUAUAGCUGCCCCCGACGCCAUCCCUGCAGCUGCCGCUCUCGACGCCAUCCCUACAGCUGUGGCCGACCCCAUCCCUACAGGUGCCGAUCCCGUCUUCGCAGCUUCUCCCGACUGUAUCCCUGCAGCCGCCAAAAACACCAUCUCUUUAGCUGCCCCCGACGCCAUUACUACAGCUGGCGCUCUCAUCCCUAUAACUGCCGCUCCCGACGCUAUCCCUACAGCUGUGGCUGACCCCAUCCCUACGGCUGCUCCCGAUGCCAUCCCUGUAGCUGCCGACCCCGUCCCUACAGCUGCGGCCGACCCCAUCCUAACAGCUGCCGAUCCCAUCUUUACAACUGCUCCCGACCCCAUCCCCACAGUUGCCGACCCCAUCCCUGCAGCUGCCGACGCCAAUCCUACAGCGGCCUAUGAAGCCAUCCCUGCAGCUGUUACCGAUCCCAUAUCCGCAGCUGUGCCCGACCCAAUCCCUGCAGCUGUCCGCGACCCCGUCCGUGUGGCUGCCGACCCCGUUCCUGCAGCUGCCGACCCGAUCCUUGCAGCUGCUCCCGACCCAAUCCCUGCGGCUGUCCCCGACCCAAUCCCUGCGGCUGUCCUCGACCCCGUCCCUGCAGCUGUUCCCGACCCCUUCCCUGCAGCUGCUGACCCCGUUCCUGCAGCUGCGGCCAUUCCUUUCCCGUCCACCGCUGCCAGUCCCACUCAUAAGGGCAAGAAGGCGUGGCUGAGUCGCUUGGCGAGCUGUGAGGUGGCGGACGGUCCGCGGGAGGGUGGUGUGCACGGCGCCCCCGUCCCGGCAAACACCUCUCCUCAGGGACCGGCGGACGGCACACCGGCCGAGACCGACGGAAAAAACGCCGAACGGAGCGGCUGGAACGACAGAGACAGAGACGGCUGGUGCAGCAUGGACCGAGCCUGUUGGUGCAGCAGAGACUGA